AUGGUGCCCUGUGGAGCGGUGCUGUGGCGGCGGCUGCUGAGGAAGCGCUGGGUCCUUGGCGUCGUCUUCGGGCUCUCCCUCGUCUACUUCCUCACCAGCACCUUCAAACAGGAAGAGAGGACAGUGAGAGAUCGGAAUCUCCUCCAAGUGCAAGAGCACGAGCAGCCGAUCCUGUGGAAGGUGAAGUUCAGUGUGGGCAACAGCAGUCAGCUGAGUAACCAGUGCAGAAAUUCUGUGCAGGGGAAGCUCCUCAUUACAGAUGAACUGGGCUACAUCUGUGAGAGGAAGGACCUGCUGGUAAAUGGCUGUUGUAACGUUAAUGUGGCCAGCACCAAGCUGUACAGCUGUGAGAGCUGCCUUCCCAAUGGCUGCUGCAGCAUCUACGAAUACUGCGUGUCCUGCUGCCUGCAGCCCAGCAAGCAACAUCUCCUGGAACGGUUCUUGAACCGAGCAGCUAUUGCUUUCCAAAACCUCUUCAUGGCAGUGGAAGAUCACUUUGAGUUGUGUCUGGCAAAAUGCAGGACUUCAUCCCAGAGCGUGCAGCAUGAAAACACCUAUAGAGAUCCAAUUGCAAAAUACUGCUAUGGAGAAUAUCCCCCAGAGCUUCUGCCUGUCUGAGCGACCAAGGGAAGAAACUGGAGACUUGGAGCCAAAAGAGCAAGACAAGAACUGCUGCUUUACAAAAGGCUCAGUGUAAAGUUGUUCCUGUGGACAGUGUAAGCAAGGGACUUAAGUUCUC